AUGGAAAGAACUUGGUCUAGAUGAAUGUCUUAAAACAAAAAACUUGGAUGACUGUAUAACUCUCUGUUAUGAUCUUAAACAAUAUGAUCCAGAAGUAGUUAGACCACCAACAAAAGAGGAAUUAAAAGAAGAACAUGAAAAAAGAAAAUUAGAAAAGAUUAAGAAGAGGCAAGAAAGACCAGAAAAAGACCUAGAGUUUAGAGAGCAAGAAGAGUUGGGAAUGGCAGUUAAAAGAAGAGCUAUAGCUGUACAUCGUGCAAAAGUUCCUAAAUCUUAUCCAGAUAAUAGAAGCGAUAUACGGAAAAUGUUAGAAAGCCAAAGAAAGCAAUUUAGCGAAAUACUUGAAAAGGAAUUCGAUAAGCGUGGACAAUUUAAGUUCACUCUAUGUUCUCUUACCAAAUUUCUUAUAGAUAAUAAACCUGAAAAUAAAAAAAGAAUUCAUGAACUGACUGGCUUAGAAAUACGCAAAUUAUA